GCAGCCUGAUUCCUCCAACAAAAGGCACCAAAACUCACCAGAAGAAAAGGGGAAAAAGAGAAAAAAAAAAAAUGGAAGUGAGAACCAUUGCAUUCGGUGGGAGCAGCAGAGGAUUAUCAUCGGCAUCAUCGGCAUCAUUCAUCACUUCUACUGUUAAAAGAAGAGAGAAACCCCCUCCACCUACUUUCUCGCCACUUCUCAUUCGUUCCAUGGCUACCCAGAAGCCUACUCUUCCACCUGCCUCGAAAACCAUUUCCUCCAGAAAGGCUUCGACUGUCUUCCCUCUGGGGGAGAAAGGUCCUCGCAGCAGUCCUUUGGCAACACCACCGCCAAUAAAGCUGCUAACAAGGGUUGAGCAGCUCAAGCUUCUUACUAAAGCAGAAAAGGCUGGCUUGCUGUCGGCAGCUGAGAAGUAUGGGUUUUCCCUGUCAAGCAUUGAGAAGCUGGGUCUGCUAUCAAAAGCAGAAGAAUUUGGAAUCCUUUCAGCGGCAACAGACCCCGGAACCCCAGGGGCUUUGCUGAGCCUCAGCUUGGUGUUGCUGCUUCUGGGUCCUUCUUGUGCCUUCCUGGUGCCUGAGGACUACCCCUGGGAGGUAGCACUGCAGCUGGUGGUUGCUCUGGUUUGUGUGGUUGGUGGGUCUGCAGCUUUCGCUGCAUCAAAUCUUGUAUCCAACUUGCAAAAAUUGAAAUGAACUCUCACCAAGUCAUCAAAAUGGGAUUAUAUGUUGGAUUGAUAGAAAAAUGGGCACUCUUAUAUGAUUCUUCA